GGAAAAUCAAGUGGUGGAACGUGGACAAGCGAAAGCAAGGUACUUCGGAACAGCUCCCGCCUCACUUUGGAAAUGUUGCUGCGCCCCCAAACAACGAGUCUUUGUAGCGAACCACAUGCUCACUCCAUUGGCUACCAUUCUCUGGACUUUAAGAUCGCUUUCAUUGCCGAACGUGCUGCCUGCAAAGACGAAGGGGCUGUCUUGUCUCCCUUCAAUUGUUCCGGGCAGGGCGCACGCGGUGCUCAGAAAUAGUACCUAGGUAAGGUAACCAGUGGUGACUCUUGAUGUCUCUAGGGGCCAACAAAAGGAGUGGGUGAUGAACUCCCUGCCUCUCGCUCUCUGCGCUAUCAGAAUCUCCCUCAAAAGCCCUUCUUUGAUCCAAAUUGAAUUCUUCCUUGCCUCUAUCGUGCCCAGCAAGCUCUCGUUGUUUAUCCAUAUGGCCGGUGUCCUUGCUGAUUGCAGGCACCUGCCGGUGAAGCAGUGAUGCUUUCGCCCAUAUCAUACAUCUUGUUUUAGCAGCUCACAUCACGCGACACGAAUCUGCAGAGACUAGAAACACGAACCACCUUCACCACCAUGUCCGGUGUCGAGAUCGGCAUCGCGGUCGUAGGAGCCAUAGCAGCACUUAUCACGGCGUACAAAGAUGCUGGUGGGAUAGUCGGCAACAUCAAAGCACGUCGCAAGGCCAAGGGAGCCCUCCCUCCUAGCUUUGCUUUGGAAGAAUCCCUCAAGGAAGGGCAGGAAGAGAUUGAAAGGAUCACGGCCAAGGGCAUUCAACGAUUCGGAACUGACUUUGAGCAAGGCGAUGACAUCGCGUAUGGCGCCCUACAAGCACUCACCAUCGAGGUGCAAGCGACGUUCCUGCACCAUCUGGUCAUUGCGGGUAAAAACGACGAUUUCACCGACUUCGAAUCCUGCAUCGAUUCCGCGAUUGAGGCUAGACUCAAAGCCGUCACCAUCCUUAAUGAGCUAUACCUACGGCAGCAGAAGCGCUCCAGCCUGGUCAAUGAGCCCAAUCUGCAAAUACCUGGACGAAUGGCAGGAAAAGAGGACGACAAGAACGGUGGCGUGAUGAAAGAAAUCAAAGGGUCAAAGAAGCGCAGUGACACAGUUGGAACAUUUGGAACGGAAUCCAAAAUGCCACCCACUCCCGCGGCGAGUCGCAAGUCGUCUUGGAAUCUCUUCAAGAAACGCCAGCGGACAUCUUCCACCGAAUCGUGGAGGGAAGACCCGUCAACGGUCUUGAACUCAGCAGAGUCGAGUGCCGCUGGCGCCUCACCUGUCCUAUCCGCCUCGCCUGCUUCGAUCACAUUGAGAACAUCGCGAACCUCAACAAUACUCACACCACCCAUCAGUCCAGCCUCGACAUUUACACCGUACGAAGCCCUCGCCGGUGCAGGCUUUUGCAAGGGCGCUUAUCAUGUCCAACAAGGCGUGUACGAGACAUCGGUCCAAGUUUCGAUGAGGAACAUGGAAUGGUCCUGCCACUGUCGCAAGUGCUCCUUUGCCACGCCGGCCGACAAAGACGAACGCGGUCGUCCUCGCUUCGAUGACAAUGUGUAUACGGCAUCGAUGGUCCGUUUCCGGCCUCUGCUCCUGUUCAAGUCUCACCUAGCGUCAAAGGAGAAGAAGGCGCGGAGCUACAAGUGCUUGAUCUGCAUCUUGGGCGGUGAUUCUUCAGCCAUAUUUCAGGGCGAAGACCGUCUUCUCGAGCACAUUUCCCACCACCAAAACGCGUUUGUCGGAGGGGUGGAGCUAGCCGGUCCGAUCCGCCUCGAACCUACCGGUGUGAGAGAAGGCUCAGAGAGAACAUUUGAUAUUUGUUUCCCAAACAUGUCUACCUUAUCAUUGCCGGCAAGUGCAAUCGAGCUGGACGAUACAGGAAUUGUCGAGGCUGACGACGGUAUGAAUUACGGGGGAGAGGAUGAAGUGUUCAAGAACCAGUGGGUGAAUGAGGGGCUCCGCUGAUGAAGCAAGGGGUUCUUCGUUUAGUACGGAGUACUGUACAUGCGACUUGGGGGGGGUUCGCUUGUUACUUGUAUAAGAUACUGGAUUGCGAGAUUGUCUCCGUACUGUAUCUAGUGCAUUGUGUUUUUGAAACGACUUAUGCUCGUGUGUGACGUGAAAUGGAUGCAUGCAGUAUUUUGGGUGGACGUGAAUAGGAGUACAGGAGUACCAAACGAUAUCAUUGUUUUAGGACACCGAUCUUGUAGGAUCAUAGUUGCAUAUGAAAGUGAG